AUGUAGAAAGUUGCAUUAACUGAUGGUUACCAUACUUUCCACAUUCCUACGAUUGCAUCAUCACUCAUUCCAUUAUAUAUUCUUAUCAUGCAAGUUUCCCCAGGUGAAAGAGAGUAAAAAUUACUUCUUGUUGACUCUUUGUCUGCAUCUCCAAUGACAUUCCAAAUGAUUAUUGAUAGACCACCCACACCAGUUUACUUGACGAGUAAACAACAAUGA